CCUCAAGAGGCGGGUGGACAAACAAAACCCCACAAAUUCUGACAAACUCCAAGCAUUGAUUGUGCAAGAAUGGGCUGCCAUCAGUCAGGAUGUGGCCCAGAAGUCAGUUGACAGCAUGCCAGGGCGGAUUGCAGAGGUCUUGAAAAAGAAGGGUUCGACACUGCAAAUAUUGACUCUUUGAAUCAACUUCGUGUAAUUGAAGUUUGACACUUAUGAAAUGCUUGUAAUUAUACUUCAGUGUUCCAUAGUAACAUCUGACAAAAAAUAUCUAAAGACACUGAAGCAGCAGACAUUGUGAAAAUUAAUAUUUGUGUCAUUCUCAAAACUUUUGGCCACGACUCUACACUGAUUUGAAGUAGAUUUAACAAGAGACAUCAAUAAGAGAUCGUAGCUUUUCACCUGGAUUCACCUGGUCAGUCGACGUCCUGGAAAGAGCAGCUGUUCCCGAUGCUCUUAUCCAGAGUGACAUUCAUCUGAUAGACAACAACAUAUCACAGUCAAGUAAAGGUGUUUUUGUAACGGUACUGAGAGCGAUGUUGCUGUUCGGACCGGUUUCAAGUAUUUGAAUUAAAUACAAUACUUUGCUAAAGUAUCGUAGAUUUUAUUUCGAUACGUUAGUCUUUGGGGGUAACUUUGAAGUUGUAUUUUUAUCAUUUCUGCCUAUCGAUGGGUAUAGUACAGUACAAUGGUGUUCAACACAAGGUUAAAGGUCAUUUCUGCCUAUCGAUGGGUAUAGUACAGUACAAUGGUGUUCAACACAAGGUUAAAGGUCAUUUCUGCCUAUCGAUGGGUAUAGUACAGUACAAUGGUGUUCAACACAAGGUUAAAGGUCAUUUCUGCCUAUCGAUGGGUAUAGUACAGUACAAUGGUGUUCAACACAAGGUUAAAGGUCAUUUCUGCCUAUCGAUGGGUAUAGUACAGUACAAUGGUGUUCAACACAAGGUUAAAGGUCAUUUCUGCCUAUCGAUGGGUAUAGUACAGUACAAUGGUGUUCAACACAAGGUUAAAGGUCAUUUCUGCCUAUCGAUGGGUAUAGUACAGUACAAUGGUGUUCAACACAAGGUUAAAGGUCAUUUCUGCCUAUCGAUGGGUAUAGUACAGUACAAUGGUGUUCAACACAAGGUUAAAGGUAAUUUCUGCCUAUCGAUGGGUAUAGUACAGUACAAUGGUGUUCAACACAAGGUUAAAGGUCAUUUCUGCCUAUCGAUGGGUAUAGUACAGUACAAUGGUGUUCAACACAAGGUUAAAGGUCAUUUCUGCCUAUCGAUGGGUAUAGUACAGUACAAUGGUGUUCAACACAAGGUUAAAGGUCAUUUCUGCCUAUCGAUGGGUAUAGUACAGUACAAUGGUGUUCAACACAAGGUUAAAGGUCAUUUCUGCCUAUCGAUGGGUAUAGUACAGUACAAUGGUGUUCAACACAAGGUUAAAGGUCAUUUCUGCCUAUCGAUGGGUAUAGUACAGUACAAUGGUGUUCAACACAAGGUUAAAGGUCAUUUCUGCCUAUCGAUGGGUAUAGUACAGUACAAUGGUGUUCAACACAAGGUUUAUCAUCAAGCACACAUAUUCAAUGCGAACCUGGUGAUGAGAACUGCAGUGCAAUGCAACACCUCUUACGGAUAUUACAGUAUCACACAAGAAGAUGACACGUCAUGUGUGACUGGUCUGAAAGACUGGUUAACUGUAAAUACCCCCUGCAGACGUUGAGACUGAUCCCAGACCUGUAUGUAGGUGUGUGUGAGAGAGAGAGAGAGACAGAGAGAGAGAGAGUUAGAGUGAGUGAGAGAGAGAGGAGCCGAGUGUUUAGGAUUGCAACACCUGCUCUGCCUCACAUGUUGGCACAGAAAAACACCCACACACAUUCAAACAGAGACACCGAUAUACAAUAUGUUCUAUCCUCGUAGGGACCUCAAAUUAAUUUACUUUCAAUUACUUUACUUCCUAUUUUCCUUAACCCUAACCCCUCACCCCUUAACCCCAUACCCCUAACCCAUCACCCCUUAACCCUAACCCCUCACCCCUUAACCCUAACCCCUCACCCC